UUAAGACGGACGAAUCAACUGCGGGGAGCUGGAGUGGUAUUUUUAGUCGGCCGGCCCGUGAGCACAGCAUUAGUCUACCCUGAGGUUCCCAAAAGACAACAUGCUUCGUUUCGCAGUUCUAGGAUGUAUACUUGUGUCGUUGGUGCACUCUUUACCGCAAUAUAGGGACCGAAUUUUGAAUGGACACAAUGUUCCCAACCCCUGCUGUCCGGGGAGAACUUGGGACAGAGUCGGACACGCGAGCACGACUGGAACCCAACUUAACCGAUUUGGAUCCGACUUCGCCGCCAAUGGCCACAGAUUUACAGAACAGUUAUGUCUCGCCGACUCUGACAUGGACGGUGUAAGGAACGGACAAGAGCUAGGCCUCAUCACGACCCAGUACAACCUGGAGACCCUCUGUAGAUUCCUUGUGGAGUACAACAUGAACCCACGGGCCAUCAACUUCCUCCAGUACAGAGGUCUUCUGGGCAACGCAAACAGCCAUCCAGGUAUCUGUGAUCAACAAGGACCAAUGUCAAACUGUCGACCCCCACCGAACUGUGGAUGCUAGUAUUCUUAUACGCAAUACCGAUGUGAGGAAAAACAAAGACUGAGUUUUUGUUUGUUCUCGUGUUUAUAUGGUUGUACAUAAAAAAUCCAGGGUACAAUGUUGUUUAGUUAAUUGAUGUGUGAUUUUAGGGCAACUUGAUUCAUAAAACCAAUCGCUUAAUUAGAUGUUUUCUUGUCCGUGUGAUUGAUAACCUAGCGAGUACGUGAUUUUUUCUAUACCUUGUUAUGAACAGAGACAUUAAAUAUGUUAUUAUUUGUACCUUGUGGGCCUAUGUCGAAAAUGCCAUCAAGAUAGACCGGGGAAAAAUGACACUGACAAAAACACAUUCAAGUUAAGAAACAUACACGUUUGUGUACGCAUGGACUAGAGUGGUGGUCUUUAGCGGGCCAUUGGCGACAAAAAUGUGCUAGAUAAGUAUAUUUAGUGUUUCACUUAAGACGUGAUAGAAAUACAUGGUAUUUAUAGUACACUACAUGAUCAAGGUCCCGCUGUACAUACAAAUCCUAAUUACAUCCCCCUACUGGAAUGAGACAAGGGUGUCGACUUUGCCUGUAAUGUGUCUUUUUGUUCGUCUGACGUAUUAAUUGCUUUUUUUCUGGCUUGUCCUCUUUCACUUAUCCUGUAAAUGAGGUAAGCCACAAACACGCACCGAGGAAACUCUGUUAGAAUAAAAGAAGUUGGACAGUAGAAAUGACAGAUUGUUUAUGUUUUCCAUGCAAGGACAUCAUGUAAUAUGAGUGAAAACAUGCCGAAUUGAUUGAUGAAUCAUUUACUAGGUAUUACUUCAAACACUGUUAUUGUUGAAUUUCCGCAAUAAAACUAAUUCUAACUACAA